AUGAAAUGAAAUGAGAUGAAAUGGAGCUUCUCUGUAACAGGUCAACGCCUUAUGCAAUCAAGAAAGGAGAAAUUUAUCCACUGCCAACCAAUGACAUUCCAACCAGAGAGCAUAUUUCAAGAGACUAUCAAUGGGAUGGUGAACAGUAUGAGCAUUUUGAAAAUGACAAGGACCAGGAGAAAACAAUGCGUCUAGAAGUGAAUGGAGAUUCUACUCUGGCAACAAACCAGCCACAAGUUAUCAUCUGUAAAGCACAAGAAACAUUGGUGGAGAGAUUUCCUUUCUUCAAAAUUAUAAAAGGAACUGAGUUGAUUGAAUCAAUGCAAUCUGAUACAGACAGGACCCUCAAUGAGAAAUAUUUCGACAACAUGAAGAGUGAGAAGUGGCUCUGCAGUGAAGUAAAGGAAAAACAAAGAGCUUCCACCUCUUCUUCACCGACUGAAAUUGUCCGAGUUAUAACCAAGCAAACCCUGAGGAGACCCAAUGAUAUUUGUGUGAUAGAGCACACACCAUUGGAUAGGAUAUGGUUUGAAAUGUUCAAUAACAACUAUCAGACAAAAGUCGAAGAAAUCAGAUACUAUCAGAAGGAUGGAGAACAGUUCAAAUUGUACAAUAAUUUGAACUCCCAUGUUAUACUUGAACAUGAUCCACCGACUGGUGUAUGGAAGAGUGGAACAGAAUACCUGAAUAACUUUAAUGGGAAAUCAAAAACAAUAUAUAAAAUAGUAAAGUUGGAUGAGGGCUAUUAUGAGCCAGUGAGGAUGUAUCACCUGAAUAUGACUAGAAGCACAGAAGCCUUCAGAACAUUGCUAAUAGGUUCCAAGUGGACUGAAAUAUAUGGAAAUCAUCAGACCACUUUGAUAUGUGUUGAAGAUAAAGAACUAGCUGGAAGUGAGUUCUCGGAAAAGGAUUCUUUGUAUUUUACAAAAAUAUCUCAGCAAGGGACAGGAGAAGACAAUGAGUAUAAUUUCCAUGAUGACUUCAAACUCUUGACACUCAAAAUCUGGGAAUGCACUGAUGAUGCCAAUAGUGAAUCAUCUCUAUAUGGAGUAAUGAAUACUUUCACAUUGAGAAGAGAUGAUAAUUCACUAAAAGAAAUUAUCUAUUAUGAUGGAGUGACUGUUAUACAUGGCAUGCUAAGCAAUCAGAGGCUUCAUUAUGAGUUCACAGAAUUCAAAUAUCUCAAUGUAGCUGAUAUGAGUGUAGUUAAGUUUGAAGGGAAGGUAGUGAUGGCUCAAGGCAGUGAACCAGCUCAGGUGACAUCACAGUUGGAGGAAAAGAGUGCAAAAGAUACAGUACCUGUUCUGAACCAAGUAGUCCCUGGACAAAAUGAAGUUUUUCUAACCAAAAUUAAUAACAUUGGUAUUACCUUGGAAAUUGGUGAGAUACUUCAGCCUGAUCCUUAUGCUGGAUCAAUUCUAGAUUUGCACUGCACUUCGAAUGACAGCUCGACCAUAGAACGUAUCAAAAGUGAAGGCUUACAUCAUCCAAGAAUCUCCAAAUUCAACUCUCUUCAUCAUUCAGUUGUCAUGACACCUGAAGAAAUAGGAGAGUUAUUUGAAACAUCACAUGCUUUACAAGAGUGCUGGGUGACUGAGGGUUUAGACAUAGUUCAUUCUUCCUACUACAGAGUGGUCACUGUUUUGAAAUUGAAAAACACUGAUACACUUAGACAAAUUUAUUAUUAUGAUGAAGUAAACAUUCAUGAAGCCGAUAAUGAGUUGACAAUAGAAGUAAUACAGUAUAUGUUCCUUCAAGUAAAAGAAAAUGAAGAUGGAUCCACCGAAGAAGGAUUAAUAAAAGUCAAAUUAGAUCAUUUUCGUACGUUAUUGCCUGAUGUACAGUUUGAAGAGAGACAUAUGCAUCACAGAGAGAAAAUAGACUACCGUUUGGACAGAGAAAAAGUGCAAUUAUCCAAUGGAGAAGGCAAAGGAAUCACUAUUCAAGUUGAAUCUCAAGAUGAUACAACAACCAUUAUUGGAAAUCCAUCUGAGAUAGUAACGUGCCUGAAAAUCAAGGACCUCCCAGUUGGAGAUAAUAUAUUCAACUCGAAGAUAUGUUCGAAUAUAGGGUCCGAAGAUGAAGAAAUUAAAUAUGUGGAUGUGAGUGAAUUCCCAGACCUGGAGCAAGUGUCACAGGACAUAUGGCGUUGUAGUGGUGAUGAGGACUUGAAAUUUCUAAUUGUGCAGAAUAAAAUGAUAAUAAAAGAUACAAAAAUUCGAGUCUAUCAUAAGACUCAAGUUUCUGUUGGAACAUUAUUUCUGCCCAAUGGAGAAGAAGUUCUACUGAUGAGUGAUGAAAAAUUUCUUUUGGAAGAAAAGAGCAAAGAUGGGCAAUAUGAAUACAAUGUUGUUAGAAUAUUUGGCACCAUCAAGUAUCUACUGGAAACUCUACCAGAGGCUGACACAUUUCUCAGACACAAUAUUGAAGCACCAGUAAAAAUUCUCACAGAGCGAACUAAUGAUCACAUCUGGUCAUUGGAUAGUGUGAGGCUUCUGGCAUUUAGAGAUCUAAAAUUGGCAGAGCGUCGAAUCCAAGGUGUUCAUUACUCAGGAGAUAUCCAUCAGCAAGAUUUCCAUACAAUGAUAUUGGAUUCUGGAGCAAGUCGCAUGUUUCAAUUGGGACGAUUUUAUGAUAAAGUUCUGAAUACAAAAGAUCUCCAUGCAGAGGAACCAUUGAAGUGUAUUCGAUUCACAUGGGGCUCAGCGUUUACUCCAAAGUACACUCCCAGGGUGGCAGAGUAUGUUGGCAGGCAUUUGUACACUAUGGACAAGCAGACAUUUGAUGAGAACUUUCAAGUUAUCGAUGUGGCAGUUUGGCUAUGCACCAACAAAUUUGAUGAACUGUUACGAGUGAAAACGGUUUAUAAACCAAUACAAGAAGUACCAAUUUUUGCUGUAAGAUAUGCAGAUGGCAUCGAGGUUGAAGUUUCCAGAGAUGGAAAACACCUUAUCAAAGUGAAUGAAAUUCUGUACAUGGAUGUAUUGGCUUUGAACGUUUACAGAUAUGAUGGUAAUUUACAAGAAAGAAUUGUACCUGCAAUCCCUCCUGUCAGAGUAUCAUCUGCAGAAAGUUACCACGAGAGGGACGAGACCAUGAUGAGAGAAAUACAAGUGGAAGGCCCUUCGAAAAAAUCAUGUGUUGCUGCCAAAGGAGAGGCCUAUCUAUUAGCAUCAGUCAAUACACUGAAAGCAUUAUUUGAAUGUCUCAAACCAUUCUUCAAGAUACCAAGACUUGGAAAAUCUAGAAAGCCUACGCAACCUCCACCAGGUAAACUUCAAGAGCUUGAAGUAGAGUCGGCCUGAGUUAUGAGAAGCCUGGAAGAAGAAUAUUAGUGAGGACCACCUUAUAAAGUCAGCAGCACUUGACUAGAAUUGGAGUUGCUAUUCUUGUCUGUCAUUGAGCAAAGCAAACAGCUCUAUUUUCUCUAGCUCCACAACAUUGUCAAAUUGUUUUUAAACUAUAUUAAAUCUAAUUUAUCAUCAACAUAUUCAAUCUCUUUUGCGACAAUACAUUAUUCAAUCAAAACACAUUUUCCUGGGAAAUAUAUAAU